UCGAGUACUUCCAGUAGACCAUAGACCAUUUUUUGAAAGAUGAAGGUUCAGCUCGCUCUAACCUCCCUACUCGUGAUUUCGUGCGGCCUUGCCCUUGCCUAUGAUGGUGACGGACAGCCGGGUUGCAAGACCCAAGCCGAGCUAGACAUUGCAGUUUUCCGCAACAAUUGGGAUGCCACAUCGUACUGGAAGUGUGAGACACUUAACAAGCCAGCCAUUGAAAUUAAGUGUCCCAGCGAAACAGGAUUCAUGGAUAGUCUCAAGAACUGCGUCAACUGGGAGGAAUGGGAAUGGGAGAAACCAGUGGAGCCCCUUAGCGAAGCGGAUCAGUGACCAAACGCACAAAAAUAAGAACAGCUGAAUGUGAUUAUUUAUGUUGUUGAAUUGAGAAUAAAAGAACUGCGUUACGGGUGACUCACGCAGCAAAACAAA